AUGUUGAAUAUUGAGAACACAGAUGAUGCUGAUACUGUUACAGUUGCUUCAGCAAGUUCAUUAGAAGAUGAUGCACAGUAUGAUGAUCUUGCGCACACGCUAGAACAGUUUACACCCCAUGACCUUACAACUUGGAGAGUCACAAUACCAAGAUUAGGGGCGAGACCUGACCCUGAAAAUCCUAAAAAACAAUUCUUUGUUUUUGUGGUGGAAAUAAGACGUCUUGGUGUUACAGAUGAUGGAUAUUCUGUACGGAAUGUCGGUAGAAAGUAUACAGAAUUUUAUACCCUGGAUCAAAAACUAAAUGAAUUCCAUGGCGUUGAGCUUGAAGAUUGUGUUUUACCGCCAAAGGAAUUCAUCGAAAUUGUUGACGAAACCUGUUUUGAAAGGCAGUUAACUUUUGUACAUUUUUUCACUGCCGAGACAGCAUUUGAUUUUGGCAUAGACAUCAAAAUAGGUCGUGCAAUAAAAUCUGGUGCAAGAAAACUUGCUAAAGAGAAAGGACAGCACCUUGAGAAAUUUCUGUAUGGAUUUGAGAGAAGUACAGAGCCUCCAAAACCUCGACCUGGGAAACUAGAAAGGAGAGAUUCCGGAGCAUCAUUAUUGUCAAAUUCGAGUCUUAAGUUAUGCCAGACAAUGUUUGAGAACAACGCUAAUGGUAUAUAG